AUGUCCAAUAUAAUCCCUAUAUCUUCCACCUCUCUCCCCACCCCCCGCUCCAUAUCCCCAUUCUCUAAAUGGUAUAACACUCUGCAUACCUGGUGGAACUCAACACCCACAGUAUCCUACUCGCAGCUCCCCCAAACACCACAAUUAGAGGCCCCAGACGCAAUUCCUACAAUGGAAGCAGAAGCAGCACGACCACCAAAAGCCCAUUGGCGCAUAUACUGGUUCGCUCUCGUACUCUGCUCCGGCGGAGCUUUAUUCGGUUAUGACUCGGGGGUAAUUGGCGGCGUCCUACCCUUCCACACCUUCACAACCUCCUUCUCCAUCCCACCCAGCCAAAAGACCCGCACAAGCGCCAUUGCCGUGGGGAUCCAACAAGCCGGCGCCUUCGCGGCCUGUUUCCUAAUCUGGCCAAUGACAAACCGCUACGGCCGCCGUCUCGCAAUGGCACUAUGUUCCCUAAUCUUCUGUCUAGGCGUAGUCCUCGAAACCAUCGACUCGCAUUCUCUCUCUGUAUUCUACAUCGGACGCGUAAUCUGCGGACUAGGCGUUGGCGGUUCGGCAACCGUCAUCCCGAUCUACAUGUCCGAGAUGAGUCCGAAAGAAAUCCGCGGUCGACUGGGGAGUUGUUAUCAGCUCGCGUACACGGUUGGCAUCCUUGUUUCGUACUGGGUUGAUUAUGGGGUUAAGAAGAUGGGGGAUGAGGCUGGGGCGCGACAGUGGCAGGUUCCUGUUGCUUUGCAGCUUGUUCCUGGGGUUUUAAUGGGGGGGGGGGAGGCGUGGGAGAGUCUUAUUUGGGUGAGGGGCGGGGAGGGGGAUGGGGUAAAGCGGGAGUUUGAGGAUAUGAAGCGUGGAUUGGAGGAGGAGAGGGAGGUAACGGAUGGAUUUAGGGUUUGGGAGUUGGUUGAAGGGGGUAAUUUGAAGAGGAUGGGGAUUGCUGGUGGGUUAUUUCUUGCGCAGCAGUCGACGGGGUCGACAGCGUUGGCGUAUUUCGGACCGCAGUUUUUUGAGUUGCUUGUUGGGGCUGGGGAUCGGACGCUUUUGUUGACGGGGAUUUUCGGCGCGAUUAAGGUCGUUGCUUGUUUGGUUUUUGUGGUGUUUUUGUCCGAUCGGUUUGGGAGACGCCCGCUGUUGGGUGGUGGUGCGGCGUUUAUGGCGGUUUGUAUGAUCGUCACGGUGGCGGUUGUGAAGUGUUAUCCCCAGCCUGGGGAUGGGACGGUUACUUCUUCGGGGAUUGCCACGGUUGCCCUGAUAUACCUCGAUAUCAUCGCGUACAACUUCAGUUGGGGUCCGUUGCCGUGGCCGUGUGCGAGUGAGAUCUUCCCUAGGCGCAUUCGUGAACCUGGUGUUGCGUUCGGUGUUGGGUCGCAGUGGUUGUUCAAUUUUGUUUGGAGUUUCUCAACGCCGUAUAUUCAGCAGAGCCUGGGAUGGGGUACAUUCUUGCUCUUUGGACUGCUGGAUGUGGUGAUUGUGGGCUUUACUUAUUUCUGUCUGAAGGAGACGGCUGGCAAGUCUCUCGAGGAGAUUAAUGGGAUGUUCGAUGGGAUUGAUCCGGAUGCUGAGCAUGGGUGGAAGGAUCUGAAUGGUGAUGCUGCAUCGCAUGUACCUGCUGAAAGGUAUCAGGAUGCGCAGAUUGAUAAUGCUAAAUCGGUGUCCAAGUAUCGGACUGCGCAUCUCGAGUCGACCGCUGGACGGUCUUGA